GUCCAAGAUCACCACUUGGAGUCGGAUUUUAGAAUCGCAUGUCUCAGCGCGCGCCUCGGUUAUUAUACAGGCGAGGAGGAGGUGGAGACCAAGGCAGUUGGCUGCACCAUGAAGACCCAAGAAGAACAAAAGCCCGCAAGCAUGUCGUUAGUUUCGCAAGCUGAGAACAACAAGAAGUCUGGCAGCUCUCAAAAAAAAGCGACGACAGCGCCGAAAAUUCCACGUGCCCGGGACCGAACUGAAGCGACAGUCUGCAUCGAUGUAGAGAAGCUCCAGAAAGGAGGGGCAUUGACACCGGAC